AAGAGGAAGAAAUUAAGCUGGAAAUCAACAUGCUGAAGAAGUACUCCCACCACAGAAACAUAGCCACCUACUACGGAGCCUUCAUCAAGAAGAGUCCGCCGGGACACGACGACCAGCUUUGGCUGGUGAUGGAGUUCUGUGGCGCCGGCUCCAUCACAGACCUGGUGAAAAACACCAAAGGAAACACGCUGAAGGAGGACUGGAUCGCAUACAUCUCCAGAGAGAUCCUCAGGGGAUUGGCUCACCUGCAUGCUCAUCACGUCAUCCACCGUGACAUCAAGGGACAAAACGUGCUCCUGACGGAAAACGCUGAAGUCAAACUGGUGGACUUCGGUGUGAGUGCUCAGCUGGACCGCACAGUGGGUCGGAGGAACACCUUCAUCGGGACGCCGUACUGGAUGGCUCCGGAGGUCAUCGCCUGUGACGAAAACCCAGACGCUACCUACGACUACAGGAGUGACCUGUGGUCCUGUGGAAUCACGGCCAUAGAGAUGGCUGAGGGAGCUCCCCCUCUGUGUGACAUGCAUCCAAUGAGAGCCCUCUUCCUCAUUCCUAGAAAUCCUCCUCCCCGACUCAAGUCUAAAAAAUGGUCAAAGAAGUUCUUCAGCUUCAUCGAGGGCUGCCUGGUGAAGAACUACACCCAGCGCCCCCCCACCGACCAGCUGCUCAAACACCCGUACAUCCGGGACCAGCCCAAUGAGAGGCAGGUCCGCAUCCAGCUCAAAGACCACAUCGACCGCACCAAGAAAAAGAGGGGCGAGAAAGACGAGACAGAGUAUGAAUACAGUGGCAGCGAAGAAGAGGAGGAAGAGGCAUCUGAGCAAGAAGGAGAGCCGAGCUCCAUAGUGAACGUUCCCGGUGAAUCGACCCUCCGCCGGGACUUCAUCCGGCUGCAGCAGGAGAACAAGGAGCGCUCGGAGGCGCUGCGCCGCCAGCAGCUCCUGCAGGAGCAGCAACUCCGUGAGCAGGAGGAGUACAAGCGCCAACUACUGGCCGAGAGGCAGAAACGUAUCGAGCAGCAGAAGGAGCAGAGGAGGCGGCUGGAGGAGCAACAACGGCGUGAGCGUGAGAUGAGGCGGCAGCAGGAGCGCGAGCAGCGGCGCCGUGAACAGGACGAGAAGAGACGUGUGGAGGACAUGGAGCGCCGCCGCAAAGAGGAGGAGGAGCGCCGGAGGGCGGAGGAGGAGAAGAGGAGGGCCGACAGAGAACAGGAGUACAUCCGUCGUCAGCUGGAGGAGGAGCAGAGGCAUCUGGAGAUCCUGCAGCAGCAGCUUCUGCAUGAACAGGCCAUGCUGCUGGAGUAUAAAUGGCGGGAGCUGGAGGAGCAGCGUCAAGCCCAGCAGCUCCAGAAACAGCUGCAGCAGGAGCAGGCCUACCUGCUGUCCCUCCAGCCAAACCCCGGCCAUGACAGUAACAAAUCAUCUCAGCAGCCGAGCUCCAAACCCCCCCAGAGCGGAGAGCAAGAGGGGGCAAAGUCCCCGCAGAGCUCUGAGCCGGAGACAACACAACAACCGCAGAGCGCUGUCUCUGAAAAGACCGCUCAAAAUCACAGUCUGGAGAAAACUACACAGCCCAAGCUUCCUGUCGCUGACCCCGCCCCCAGCUCUGAGCCAAUCAGAGAGGCUGAUGAGCGAUACCGGAAGAACAUCCAGGGCUCUCCUCAGGCGGCGCAGACCAAACCACCGCAGCCUCCGGUGCCGCCACGCUCCGAGUCCUCCUACCCCAACGGGAACUCGGCCUCCGAGGCGCCCGCCAUGCACCGGCCCGUGGAACCACAGGUCCGUUCCCACCUGGCUGCUUUAAAGAGCAGCGGCAGCAUGGCCUCGUCAAACUCCAUCCCUACCGCCCCGCCUCUCGUGUCGCGGCCGCACUCCUUCAGCGAGCCGCUCCCCUCUAGCUUUGAAAAACUUCACCUCCGCAACAACAACAACAACCAGGAACCCCACCAUCACCCUCCAUCUUCAUCACCGUCAUCAUCAACGCCUGCACGCACUGACCCAAAACCCCAACCCCCGUAUAGGCCCAAUGAUCCGGCCCCUUCAGAGGAGGUGCCGCCCCGGGUUCCUGUAAGGACUACAUCAAGGUCCCCGGUGUUGUCAAGGCGAGACUCGCCUCAUCACGGCAGCCAUGCUGUGCACCGUCCCCCUGCAAGUGCGCCGGAGCCUCGGCUGCUGUGGGAGCGGGUGGAGAAACUGGUUCCCAGAACAACCAGUAACACCGGCAGCGGAGGCUCCAGUUCCUCCAGCAGCUCCAGUAACUCCAGCUCUCAGCCCGGGUCUCACUGCGGCUCUGGAGAAAGAUUCAGGGCCCGCUCCUCCUCCAAAUCAGAGGGCUCUCCCCUCCAACGGCCAGAGAAUGCUGGGAAAAAACCAGAGGAGAGGAAGGACUUGGUCCGGCCGAACAGACCGGCGGACCUGACGGCUCUGGCAAAGGAGCUCCGUGCAGUGGAUGACGUUCGCCCCCCGAAUAAAGUGACAGAUUAUUCGUCCUCCAGUGAUGAUUCAGACACCACCGAUGAAGAUGACGAUGAAGAGGUGGACCAGGAGGCCGGCGAGGAGUCGACCUCUGGCCCGGAGGACUCCAAAGCUGUUUCUUCCAGGCUGAGCAAUGGAGAGACGGAGUCGGUGAAAACCAUGAUCGUUCACGACGAAGGCGAGAGCGACGCCGGCUCGACGCCCUGCAAAGACAGCACUCUGAUCGUCAGACAGAGUAGCUACUGUAGUCGGCCCUUCGCUCUAGCCAACACCUUCCCUUCGCCUCAGCUGCUCAGAAUCACAUGUAGACCCACAGUCUACCCCUCUUUCUACUUCCAGAGUGCAGGUGACAACAGAAAGCGUCCGAGCCCCGGCCCGGGCCAGGCUCAAACCCCCGGCCCGCUCGCAGGCUUUGCCCCGAGCCCCCCUGGUUUGCCGUCGAGCCCGGGCCUCGGCCACCACACCCCCAGCCCCCAUCAUCACCAUCACCACCACCACCAUCAUCACCCCACUCAGCACCCGGACAGGAACGGCUUUGCCGGCCGCAUCCACCACCUCCCAGACCUGAUCCAGCAGAGCCACCAUUCCUCCCCCUCCUCCUCUGCAUCCAACUCCCCUUCCUCCUCCAGCCUCGCCAGCCCCUCCACCAUGUCCCCCCAGAGCCCGCUGGAAAAGCUCAGCCUCCUCAUCGAGAGCCAGUCUAGCAACAACAUGCAGAAACACAAGUCUUCUUCCUCCUUCACUCCGUUCAUCGACCCCCGCCUCCUGCAAGUCUCCACAUCCACCGGCAGCGCCCUCAACAACAUCGGAUACGCUAACGACGCCCGGCUGGCGGAGGCGCUGAGGGCCGACCCAUCCCGUAAAGGCUCGGUGGUCAACGUGAACCCGGUCAACACUCGCCCGCAGAGCGACACGCCCGAGAUCCGCAAAUACAAGAAGAGGUUCAACUCCGAGAUCCUGUGUGCCGCACUCUGGGGAGUGAACCUGCUGGUGGGCACAGAGAGCGGUCUGAUGCUGUUGGAUCGCAGCGGUCAGGGGAAAGUGUAUCCUCUGAUCAGCCGACGGCGCUUCCAGCAGAUGGACGUCCUGGAGGGACUCAAUGUCCUGGUCACUAUAUCAGGUAAGAAGAACAAGCUGCGUGUGUACUACCUGUCCUGGCUGAGGAACAAGAUCCUGCACAACGACCCCGAGGUGGAGAAGAAACAGGGCUGGGUCACGGUCGGAGACCUGGAGGGCUGCGUUCACUACAAUGUCGUGAAAUAUGAGAGGAUCAAGUUCUUGGUUCUUGCUCUGAAGAACUCAGUGGAGGUCUACGCCUGGGCGCCCAAACCCUACCACAAGUUCAUGGCCUUCAAGUCUUUCGGUGACCUGGUGCACAAGCCCCUGCUGGUGGACCUCACCGUGGAGGAAGGUCAGAGGUUAAAGGUCAUCUACGGCUCAGCUUCAGGCUUCCACGCCGUGGACGUCGACUCCGGGGCCGUGUACGACAUCUACCUGCCCACACACAUCCAGACCCACAUCCAGUCCCACGCCAUCAUCAUCCUGCCCAACACGGACGGCAUCGAGCUGCUGGUGUGCUACGAGGACGAGGGCGUCUACGUCAACACGUACGGACGCAUCACCAAAGACGUGGUGCUGCAGUGGGGGGAGAUGCCAACCUCAGUGGCCUACAUCCGCUCCAACCAGAUCAUGGGUUGGGGGGAGAAGGCCAUAGAGAUCCGCUCGGUGGAGACGGGACAUCUGGACGGCGUCUUUAUGCACAAGAGAGCCCAGAGACUCAAGUUCCUCUGUGAGCGAAACGACAAGGUGUUCUUCGCCUCCGUUCGGUCCGGAGGCUCCAGCCAGGUCUACUUUAUGACUCUGGGUCGCAGCAACCUGCUCAGCUGGUAGAGCUCCACUUCCUGCUCUCCUCCUCUUCCUCCUCCCUCGCUAACACUGGAUCUCAGAACCCACGGUCGAUGUCUUUUCAGCCCUUCGGACAAACCAAACCAGAACAAAAACCCACGAGCAACCAGCCCUUUUUUCUUCUUCUCUCCAGUGUCAACAACAAAGACUUCACCUUUCCCCCGGAGCUGCUGCCGGCUCCGGGGCCGCCUGCGACGCCGCGUCACUCCCCGUCAAGUUGCGCCGCCGUCGCUCCCCCCUGAAGCGAUGACAUAAAUGAUUAUCAGAUAUAUGAAUGAAAGUAGAAAUAUAUUAAUGUGAAUUUUAAGAAAAUAGGGGGUUAAACUACCUUUAGUUUCCCUCUCCGUUUUAUGGUGCGAUGGGAUUCUUUUUUUUUUUACUCUACAUCCUUUUCUCCCGGGCGGUCAGUCAGCUGCAGGUCUUCUACCUGCUGCUACCACUUUUAUUACUACUACUGCUUCUACCUUCUGCAGGUCCUUAAGAAAUGCCCCCCUUUAAGAGGCCGGUGGGGGUGGGAGUGUGUCGUAUUAAUGCUACAGUAGUGUGUGUAAAUGUACUUCUGUUUGGGCCAAUUACUGCUGACAUGCUGGUUGGAGGUGGAGACGGUCAAGCCUGGGGGGGAAAUUGUGAAAGACCCCGGAGAAACUCGAGAGUAAAUAUUUGAGGUUGUACUGUAAGUCUGACGGAUGGGACUCGACAGGUGGGGGUGUGUGUGUGUGUGUCGUUCAAGUAUUGUGUUGUUUGGACAGGUGCUUUAAAAAAAGAAGGGGUGAUAUAAAGAGAGAGAGAGAGAGAAAACGCAGAUGGAUUUCAGAAUAGUAUUUUUUGAAUUAUUACUAUUGUUAUUCCUUGGAGAUAAGUGUACCUAUGUGGAGUAAAACAUGUCUUUUACCUUGUUUUGUUUUUUUAAAGAUUAACGCACAUCCACCCCACGGUUAGCUUUGCUUUUACUCUGAACCCACAGAGGUGUGUGUGUCUAAUAAGAAAGUGAUGUGGUCCAAAAAAAGGUGUCUAUGUAUAAUAAAACGUUCAUUGAAUCUUC